GUAUGACGCUCUACACCUUUACAUCCGUACGCCUUCCAACUUAACGCUUCAUACUUUCGAGGGUGUUGGAGGCAGAUAGGGGAUUCUCCGAGAUGGGGCAUCAUGCGCACGAAUGUCAGUGUCCGAAGGCGCGUCAAGGACACGCGUCCGCGGGAGAUGCUUCAACCCUAAACUUCCACUCCGCCCUGUCGAGUGUUCUCAUCGCUUCAUCCCGGGUAUAUUCCCCGCAAUCAGUGAAGAUGCCCACCGGAUGACCCGCCGGGAGGCCAGCUGGGUUGCUCCGAGCGACAAACUAAGCUCUCUGUGGGUACCUUGGAUAAUCCUCGCAUCUGUCAGAAUCCCUUUCUCUUUAGACGCUAUAAGAAGCAGUCUGUGUGGUCAUAUCCGUGCGGCCAGCGGGGACUCAUUUGAGUAUAGUCUUCCGAGCACGAUUGCUUCUCAGCUUCUUCUGAGGACUCACCUCUCUCGCCGCGUCGUUUAUAGGUCCUACCCCAAACGAGAUGGCUCCACCCCCAUACAAGAAUCCACAUCUGGGGUUAAUCUGGGACUCGUUCGCGGCGAAAAUUAACACGAAUAUUUACCGCGAGUACGCUGAAAAUACGCUAUAAAAGUUGGCGGGAUGGUUGCUUGAGGACGGCAGGAGCAGUCGCCUUCUUCCCCAGCAAACUUGGCCAACAUGCUUUCUCAACUCUUCGUCGCGCUGUCGUUAGUGGCGUUCACCGCGGCAUCCCCCGUCGUCAUUCGGAAUAGCCCUGUCACCUUGCCGUUGGCUCGUCGUUUCAACACGAACUCUGGUCACACUAUUGCAGAGAUUGACCAAUCUAGAGCAAAAGCUCUCAAAGCCGCCGUUUCACCAGCAGCUGGAAACGGCUCAGGAGUCAACCCGGUCCCUGUCACCAGCAGCACUGUGAUCUAUACCGCAGAGGUUCUCAUCGGAAGUCCACCUCAGACAUUCAACCUCAUUGUCGACACCGGAAGCUCGAAUACCUGGGUCGGGGCGAAUCCUUCGAACCCAUACGUACCUACGGCUUCAUCGGUGAACACGACUGACAUUAUCCUUAUUGAGUACGGGUCCGGCCUGUUUGCUGGGUUGGAAUACAACGACACCGUCGCUCUGGGCGAUCUAUCCAUCACCAACCAGACUAUCGGCGUUGCCCAGUUUGCGCUCGGUAGCUUUUCUUCUGAGGGCGUAGAUGGUAUAUUGGGGAUCGGCCCGGCAGACCUGACGCAAUCGACAACAGCUUCGGGCGACGAGAUACCGACGAUCACCGACAAUGCGUGGGCACUCGGCCUCCUCGAGGAAUAUGAAGUUGGAAUCUCCUUCGAACCGUCCACAAACAGCUCCGACGCCAACGGCCAGCUGACUUUCGGCGGUGUAGACAAUAGCAAAUUCAACGGAUCGAUCACCUAUGUCCCAAUCACGUCUACCGCUCCCGCAAGCGGCUAUGUCGGGAUUGAACAAAGCGUCACCUAUGGCUCGAGCAACGUCCCAAUCCUGGAGUUCACCUCCGGUAUCGUUGAUACCGGCACCACGAUGCUCGUCAUUGCGUCUGAUGCUUUUGCGACAUACCAAAACCUGACCGGUGCGGUGCUUGACAACACGACCGGACUUUUGAAAAUUACGCCGGCUCAGUAUGAUAAUCUUGAGAGCCUCUUUUUCAACAUAGGAGGUGAAACGUUCGAGCUGACAAAGAACGCGCAAAUUUGGCCACGCUCGCUCAACUCCGCGAUUGGAGGUGAUGCAGACUCUAUAUAUCUCAUCGUCAGCAACCUCGGCACUCCUUCAGGAGAAGGGCUCGACUUCAUCAACGGUUAUGGCUUCCUUCAGCGAUUCUAUGCUGUAUACGACACAGUGAACUCUCGCGUUGGCUUUGCUACUACCCCUUUCACGUUUGCAGAGACCAAUUGACCGCUGACUCGAGGGUGACGCGGAGGCAUAUUGUGCCUCCAUGGCGCAUUCUGCGUAAAUUGUGUACCGGUUCGACAGUAAUGGACCUGUCUAUAGUCCCGCCCUGUACUAGUUGACUUAUUCCUUCCUCAAGCAUAUACACAACAGAUAU